AUGCAAAAAACUCCGGAGAAGCAAGAAUUAAGUUAGGCUCUGCUCUUGUCUAUCAGUUAAUAUUCGUGGGAUAAAUAAAUUAGAUUAACAACGGAUGAGGAUGUAUUAUGUAGUUAUAGUAAAUUCUCAAAUGACCAAGGAAGUUAUUGUGAGACCAAGAAAGAUCAAGGGAAUGUGUUCUUGAAAAAAUGCAAUCAAGUUCAAAUCGAUGAUGUUUAAGGUCAAGAACAUAAAUAAUUAUUAUAAAUCUUGAGAGAGAAAGAUAAAAGAAUCGAAGAAUUAGAGCACUAUUAAGUAUGGUUGUAAGAAUAGAAUGAGAAAUUGAAGUUGAAUUAGCAAAUGAUGAUUGAAGAUUAAUCAAUGAAUUAAUUGCAAAGAGACUCAGCAUCAAAAAGACACCUCUAAAAAAUAGAAGAUCUUGAGUUGUAGAUUAGUUAAUCCGAACAGCAAUACCACAAGAGUUUGAAAAGUCUUGGAUAAUUGGAAAAAGAAAACUCUACUUUAAAAACCAAAAUAUUUGAAUAUGAACAAAAGUUAUUCUAAUAGCAACAUCAAUAGAAAGUAGCUGAAUAAAUUAAUGAAUAAUAAAAGUUGAAAUUUGAAGAACAAGAUUAAAUAAAUUAAUCUAAAAUUUAUGAAUUACAACAAUACAUCCAAUCCCAAGAGACUUACAUUAAUAAACUAUAGCACGAUGUAAUCCAUUACGACUAUUCUUCCUAGGUCUAAUUAUCCAGAAAGAAUUCUAAAGAAAACAUUAGUAAAUAGUACAAGUCGGUAGUGUUGAGAGAAAAGUCCCCCCAAUUGAAUCAGUAUGAUCAACAUCAGAUGAAUAAAUUCGUAGAAUGUAUUGUCGACAUGGUGAUGAACUGCACUUUGAGUCAAGCCCAAGCUAAACCAAGUUUGAAAGAAUGUUGGAAAUGGCUUAAAAAUAUAUUAGAAGAAUAUAUGAUUUUGAAGAAAUAAAUACUUCAAGAUACCAAUAAGGCUCAUUCUACCAAGUCCAGUUAAUUCGUAGGUAAAGAAAUCAACGGAGAGAGAAAAAGAGACCAUAGUUUCUUCAAUGACUUGAAUAGAAGAUUUUAGACUUCCGUUGAGGAUUCAGAGAACAAAUAUUUAAGAUCUAACACUCUCUUAAGUAGAGUCCAGAAAUGA